CUAUUAGAGAGUGCUCUUUCUAUCUUUUAUUAUCAGUUCCUCUUCUAGACGCAUUGGGUCACUGUGAGAGGAAAUUUUAAUUUUAUUUCAAACUUUCAUUGGUAUCUUCUACUUAGUUCUAUAACCAGAAUAUCAAAAUGCGUGAGUGUAUCUCAGUUCAUGUUGGUCAAGCUGGUGUCCAGAUGGGCAAUGCCUGCUGGGAGUUGUACUGUUUGGAACAUGGCAUCCAACCUGAUGGUCAGAUGCCAUCUGAUAAAUCAUUGAUUGGUAGUGACGACUCCUACAAUACUUUCUUCAAUGAAACUGGAGCUGGAAAACAUGUACCAAGAGCCAUUUUUGUUGAUUUAGAACCAACCGUUGUAGAUGAAGUAAGGAAUGGUCAAUACAGACAGCUCUUUCAUCCUGAACAACUUAUAACAGGUAAAGAGGAUGCUGCUAAUAACUAUGCCAGAGGUCAUUAUACAAUUGGUAAAGAGAUUGUUGACUUGGUCCUGGAUAGAAUCAGAAAGUUAGCUGAUCAAUGUACUGGGCUCCAGGGAUUCCUUGUUUUCCAUAGUUUUGGUGGUGGAACUGGUUCAGGCUUUACCAGUUUACUUAUGGAAAGAUUAUCAGUAGACUAUGGUAAAAAAUCCAAAUUAGAAUUUGCUGUUUAUCCAGCUCCCCAAGUAUCCACUGCUGUAGUAGAACCUUACAAUUCAAUUCUUACAACCCAUACCACAUUGGAGCACUCAGACUGUGCUUUUAUGGUUGAUAAUGAAGCCAUUUAUGACAUCUGCAGACGAAACUUAGAUAUUGAGCGCCCAUCCUACACCAACUUGAACCGAUUGAUAGGACAAAUCGUCAGUUCGAUCACAGCCUCUCUCAGAUUUGAUGGUGCCUUGAAUGUCGAUCUCACCGAAUUCCAGACAAACUUGGUGCCUUAUCCACGUAUCCAUUUCCCAUUGGCUACAUAUGCACCAGUUAUCUCAGCCGAGAAAGCAUACCACGAACAACUUUCAGUUGCUGAAAUCACAAAUGCAUGUUUUGAACCAUGCAACCAGAUGGUAAAAUGUGAUCCCCGCCAUGGGAAAUAUAUGGCUUGUUGCAUGUUAUACAGAGGAGACGUAGUUCCCAAGGAUGUUAAUGCAGCUAUCGCUACAAUCAAAACUAAAAGAACCAUUCAAUUCGUCGACUGGUGUCCAACUGGUUUUAAAGUAGGAAUCAACUACCAACCACCAACUGUUGUACCAGGAGGUGAUUUAGCUAAAGUUCAGAGAGCUGUUUGUAUGUUGAGUAACACAACUGCCAUUGCUGAAGCAUGGGCUCGCCUUGAUCAUAAAUUUGAUCUGAUGUAUGCCAAGAGAGCUUUUGUCCAUUGGUAUGUUGGUGAAGGUAUGGAAGAAGGCGAAUUCUCUGAAGCUAGAGAAGAUUUAGCUGCUCUAGAAAAAGAUUAUGAAGAAGUCGGUGUCGAUAAUGCUGAGAAUGAAGAGGAAGACGAUGGGGAAGAAUAUUAAAUUUUUCGAUGAUGCCGAAUGAUUGUUUGUUAUUAUAAAGCUUUCAGUGUUGCCUUUAAUGCCGUUCAAAUGAACAAAAAAAACGUUAAAAGGGACCAAAUUCCUUUUUUUCACAUCAUUAGAUAUAAAACUAAUUCUGCCUAUGUAUGUGCCAAAUUUUAUUGCUCAUAUUUAAUUUAUUAAACAGAAGUAAACUGAU